CCUUUAAAUACAUCUCUCUUGCCUGGUCUUCAACCCACCCAAAACCCUCUCUCAUCUCUAAAUCUCUCUCUCUCUCUCUCUCUCUCUCUCUCUCUCAAGAUCCUCAUUUGCUCUCUCUGGAAAUUUACAGAAACUCUUACUUUCUCUCUCUGAAAAUGGAAGUUGAACCGACCCCACCAGCCAUAGCCAAGAAGCUAUGGAACAUUGUGCGUGUAGCGUUAUUCAUGUUAAGAAAAGGGAUAUCAAAGAGGAAGCUAAUGGUUGAUCUCCACCUCAUGUUCAAGCGAGGCAAGAUCGCCGGAAAAGCCCUCGGGAACCUCAUGUUCCAUCACCACUCCUCCCUGAGCUGCCGCUCCAACGACGCCCUCUCCUUCGUCUCUCCCAAAGAGUACGAGUUCAGCUGCAGCAACAGCCCCGCCUACCCUUUCCACUACCCGUUUCAACUCAACAAGCGCAAGCGCCACCACCACUCCACCCGCUACGACGACGUGACCACGGUGUGUGCAGUCCAGAGGGUGCUCGAGAUGUUGAACAACGAAAUGGUGGAGGCCUCCCCGUUGACGCUGCCGGGUUUCGGCCGCAGCCCCAUGGUGCGGCAGCUCCGGGUCACGGACUCGCCCUUCCCCAUAAAAGACACAGACGAGGACCCCCAGGUGGACAAGGCGGCGGAGGAGUUCAUCAGAAAGUUCCACAAAGAUUUGAAGCUCCAGAAGAUGAUGUCUGCCCUAGAAUCCCCUUACAACAACAUGUGGGCUACCUGAUAAAAACCCAAAAAACCCCCAACCCCAUUUCCAUCUUCAACACACAAUGUUCUCAGUUUGAUUGUCUUCCAGAGCUUGUAGCCGGUGUGAUAGUUUCUGCAUCUCCGCAUUGAGUAAACAAACCGAUUCCUAUUUUUCGUAUCAGUGAAAGUCAAAACACCUGCACAUACUUGACUGACUUUUUCUGAUAUGCAUCAGUUUCCCACGGUUUACUCAGAUUCAAUGCUCAAACUUUCAUAACCGACCACCAAAUAAUUACAGUUUUGUUUUAGCUUUUCAGUUUCCCUUCAUAUUUUGCCUUAAUGACAAUAUGUAUUCUACUUAAUAAAAAGAAAAAAAGAAAGACAAUAUCCCAACGUGUA